UAUAUGAAAGUGUUUUUAACAUAAAAAUGGCUAAAAUAAGAAACCAAUUGUUUAAAACUAACAAAUUAACUGCUUUCAAAACGUGGUAACUUAUUACAAAAAUACAAAAACAAAUCGAUAGUUAUAAACAAGGGAUAGUUUAACUAUCUCCAAUUGUUAAAUAAACGAAAAAAAUUUAUUACCAACAACAAACAUGGUGUUGCCAACAUUCACAUUACCAGUUUCAUCGCCACUGUCAUCAUCAACGUUAUCGCCAGUGCCUGCCUUUUGUAAAAUGUUCACUAAACAUUUUCGUCGAAAACUAUUGGAUUAUAAUUCUUCGAUAACAUUGCUGAGUAGAAACCGUUCCAGUAGUAACUCUGACAGCAGUAAAGGAAGCUGUGGGAAAACUGCCAAUAAUACAUUAACAAUGCCUGCUGUAAUAAUUUUCAUCAUUUUAAGUUCACUAGUACAUAAGAUAUCAGCCAUUGGUAACUUCGAAUUAGAAAUAUUAGAAAUUUCAAAUACAAAUAACCACCUGUUAACGGGUUAUUGCUGUGGUGUUCCUUUAGAGAUAAGAAGUACAAAAACAACAGGUUGUCCGCCCUGUUCAACAGCGUUUCGUUUGUGCCUCAAAGAGUACUCAGCAGCCGAUCAGGUGGCCCCGAGUAUAUCAACGGGUUGCUCGUUUGGUAAGAACACAACGGCGAUAUUGGGUGGUUCCAGCUUUGUGCUAAGUGAUCCAGUGAGAGGUGCCAUGGUCUUGCCAUUCACAUUUCGUUGGACGAAAUCAUUUACUCUAAUUCUACAAGCUCUAGAUAUGUACAAUGUGUCGUAUCCAGACUCGGAAAGGUUAAUUGAGGAAACAUCCUUUUCAAGUGUGAUACUGCCAUCACCCGAAUGGAAGACAUUGGAUCAUAUUGGACGCAACGCCCGCAUUACCUAUCGUGUCAGAGUUCAGUGUGCAGCUAACUAUUAUAACACAACGUGUACCACAUUCUGUCGGCCACGUAACGAUCAAUUUGGCCACUACAAUUGUGGUACAAUGGGCGAAAAGAUAUGCCUUGCCGGCUGGAUGGGUGACAAUUGUGAGAAGGCCGUGUGCAAGCUAGGCUGUGAUCCGGUUCAUGGCAAAUGUGAUAAGCCGGGAGAAUGCGACUGCCGUCCUGGCUGGCAGGGACCUUUGUGCAAUGAAUGUGUGGUGUAUCCUGGUUGUAAGCAUGGUUCUUGCUAUGGCGAGGCAUGGAAAUGCAAAUGUGAUACAAAUUGGGGUGGCAUAUUAUGCGAUCAAGAUUUAAAUUACUGCGGCACUCAUGAACCCUGCAAACAUGGCGGUACAUGUGAGAAUACAGCACCUGAUAGAUUUCUAUGCACAUGCGCAGAGGGUUUAUCCGGUGAACACUGUGAAAUCAUAGAGCAUCCAUGUGCAACACAGCCAUGCAAAAAUGGAGGCUCAUGCACGGUAAAGGAAUCAGCAAUGCGAAACAUGACCGCAUUGUCAUCAUACAGGGGAAUGCGUAGCUUAAGUUCGGCUAUAGCAAAACCAGUUAAUAGACGCAAUUUGCCGCCGCUAGGAUUGAAUAUAGGAUCAUCGUCUUCAACUUCUUCAGCAUCCUCGUCAUCAUCAUCAUCAUCCCCAAACUCAUCGUCAUCAUCGUUGGCAGCAUUGAUCAGCAGCAUAACUGGCGGUGGUGUUGGUGGUGGCGGCGAUGGUGGCAGCAAUACAACGACAACUGGCACCAGCCUUAGCAAUGGAUAUAACCAUCAACAGAUUCCACCAGUCUCGGAAUUCACUUGUGCCUGUGUACCCGGUUGGACUGGUCCAACAUGUGAAAUAAAUAUCGAUGAAUGUGCCGGUGGACCUUGCAAGCAUGGUGGCACUUGUAUUGAUCUAAUCGGCGGUUUCCGUUGCGAGUGUCCACCCGAAUGGACAGGCGAUGUAUGUCAAAUGGAUGUAAACGAAUGCGAAAUGAGCUACCCUCUGCCGUCGCAGCAAGGUCCCAAUACAGCCGCCAUAGCGGCUGCCUUUGCCAGUUCAAGUACUUCAUCGUCGGCACUUAUAGCAGCCCUGACCACAGCGGCCAAUGCAACGUCAUCCUCUGCGCGCUCCUCCAACAUGAACAGCAUGGCCCACAUGAUGGGUCCCUGUGUGAAUGCCAGGGAAUGCAUUAAUCUGCCUGGCUCGUUCUCAUGCCUUUGCCUCGAGGGUUGGGGUGGGCCAACGUGUGCCCAAGAUUUCGACGAUUGCGUGGGCCAAUGCCGAAAUGGUGCCACUUGUAGAGAUUUGGUUAACGAUUAUCAUUGCGCAUGUGCAACUGGAUUUACAGGUCGUGAUUGUGAAACCGAUAUUGAUGAAUGCGCUAAUUCACCGUGUCGCAAUGGUGGCGAGUGUGUGGACAUGAUUGGUAAAUUCAAUUGCAUUUGUCCACUGGGCUAUUCCGGUACAUUAUGUGAGGAAGCCAACGAUCAUUGUACACCAUCACCUUGCCUGGAGGGACGCUGUCUAAAUACCCCCGGCAGCUAUUACUGUCACUGUCCACCGGGUCGAGCUGGCAAACAUUGUGAACAAAUUCGACCACUUUGUAAUCAGCCGCAAUGUAAUGAUGGAUGCUUUGCAAAUCCCAUCAUUAAUUCAUCACAAAAUUUGCCAUGUUCAGGGCAUGGCACAUGCGAAAUGGUGGAUGUGGGCACUUUUUGUAAAUGCCAUACUGGUUAUACGGGAACUUUCUGUGAGCACAAUCUUAAUGAAUGUUCACCAAAUCCCUGCCGCAAUGGGGGUAUAUGUCUAGAUGGUGAUGGCGAUUUUACAUGUGAAUGCCCUUCUGGUUGGACAGGCAAACGCUGUUCGGAACGUGCCACCGCUUGCUAUCCGGGUCAAUGUCAAAAUGGUGGAACUUGUAUCCCAGGAUCCCCUGAAAAAGGUGUACACUCACAAUGUCGCUGUCCCCCUGGAUGGGAUGGCACCUACUGCACAGAUCCCAUUGAUCAGUGUCGUGGUCAGCCCUGUCACAAUGGAGGAACUUGUGAAUCCGGCUCUGGGUGGUUUCGUUGUGUUUGUGCUCAAGGAUUUUCCGGCCCUGAUUGUCGUAUAAAUGUCAAUGAAUGUUCACCACAGCCAUGUCAGGGUGGAGCCACCUGCAUAGAUGGUAUUGGAGGUUAUACAUGCAUAUGUCCGCCGGGACGUCACGGUGUAAGAUGUGAGAUAUUACUUUCAGAUCCCAAAUCUUCUUGCAUUAAUAUCACCACCACAAUAUCUCCCUAUUCGCCUCUCAACAAAUCUCAAGAUAUUUUAGGCCAACUUUUGACAGGUCAAACUAGUGAAUAUUGCAAUGCCUGUCUGUGUGAGAAUGGCACUUCACGUUGCACCAAUUUAUGGUGUGGCCUACCCAAUUGCUUUCGAACUGAUACAGCUUCGAAAUCUUCAAAUUUCUCUGGAGUCUGUAAGCAACAUGAAGUUUGUGUACCCAUGCUAACGGAAAAUUGCUUAAAUGGCCCUUGUACUUUGCGGGGCGAUUGUCGAGCUCUGGAACCCUCUCAUCGGGUGGAGCCUCCUCGUUUGCCCGCCAAACCGGAUUGUUGGCCCAAUCAGGCCAAUCUCAAUGAUAAUUGUGCUCGUUUGACCAUACUCUUGGAUCGCCAAAGAGUAGGUGUGGGUUCGUCAGUGGAGGGUUUAUGUUCGGUUUUAAGAUUUCUAUUAGCCUCACGUCUGGUUAAAUUGCCCAAAGGUGCCAAUGAGGGUAUGCUUAUCAUUAUUUGUGAUAUCAAGACUGGAACCAAUGAUACCAUUGAAGUGACUGUGUCCUCCACCCAAGCCAAUGAUUCCCAAUUACCCACUGCCAUUGGUUUGCUGGGUGAAUUGUUAUCCUCACGCCAGCUAAACGGUUUGCCAGAGAAAAAUGAUAUGAAAACUCCCAAAUUGGCUGCUCUAAUUUCCAUACUGGAGGUUAAAGUGGAGACCGCCUUAAUAGCUGAAGGCAACAGCAACAGCCUGCUCAUAGGCAUUCUGUGUGGUAUUUUUAUUGUCCUGGUAUGUUUGGCCAUAUUUCUCAGCCUCUAUUGGCGUCAACGCAUGGUCAUGUCUUCAGCAUCGGGCAUUAAUUUAGCUGCCUCCCAGGAUGCCCUGCGCCAUGAUGAGGAAAAAUCCAAUAAUCUACAAAAUGAAGAAAAUCUACGCCGCUAUACAAACCCUCUCAAGGGUAGCUCUUCUUCUCUAGGCCGCGUCAAUGGCAUGGAGCUGAGUUUAAAUCCUGCACCGGAAAUAGCAAGCGUUAGCUCGCUGGCCAAUGCGCCAACAUCCAGCACAGGUGUACAUCGCUCACAACCCCUCUAUCCAGAAUCGAAUUUUGAUUGCGAUCUGGAGACAGCCACAAAAUCGAAGGAGUUUCGCUCAAAACGCACCUCACAAAUUUUGCUGCAUAAAACUCAAAACUCUGAUAUGAAAAAGAAUACGGUAGGCUCAAUAGAUAGUCCGCGAAAAGAUUUUGGCAAACGUUCAAUAAAUUGUAGAUCAAUGCCGGUACCACAACCACCAGUGGCCACUGUAUCACCUUCCGUAGCCACUGCGGUGCCCGAUGAUUCAGAGAUUCUUACGGUUUUGGUGUAAGAUAAUUAGUAGGUAUCUAAGGGGCCUAAAGUUGGUUGAUUUCGGUGUAAGCUCACUCAAAGUGUUAGUGCUUUUAA